AUGUCCGGCAUCACAGACUCGGCCAAGGAUUCCUUGGACAAGACCACACAACAAGUCGGCGAUACGGCCGGCAAGGCCACCGAAGGCGCCGACAAGCCAGAAGCCCCCCGCUCCAUGCCAGGCACAUCAGAGUCGAACAUGGAUGAAUCGAACGAGGGUGAGGGCGAGAUGGUGCCAGCCGCUGGCCGCAUCAACGAGAGCGGCGAGGUCAUCGACGACGAUGGCAACCCGAUCGGCAAAGUCACCGACGGCGAAGCAUCCAAAUUUAAUGGCUUCAUCGUCACACAAGAAGGCGAUAUCCUAGACGACGAUGGCGGAGUUGUUGGCAAGGCUGAGCCCUUAGAUGAUGUUGCUUCUGACCUCAACUACACGACGAAGUCGGGUAAGGGCGAUGACCAACAAUCAGGAGGCGUCGCCGAUACAGCAAAGUCGGCGGUCGGUGGUGUCGCAAGUGGCCUUGGCAACGCCACAAAGGGCGCAACCGGAGCUGUCGGCGACACCGCCAAGAGUGCCACCGACGCCGCCGGUAAUGCGACUGGCACCAAGGACACCACAGAUCAGGUCGGUGAUGCCGCUCAGGGAGCCACCGAUACCGCUGGCGACACUGCCGAAGGCGCUACGGGCGCUGCGGGCGACGCGGCGGAGGGGGCUGGUGACACUGCCGAGGGCGCUGCUGAUACUGCGAAAGGCGCUGCCGGCGAUGUUGGCGAGACACCAGAGGGCGCCGCCGACGACACAGCAAAGGGUGCCGCCGACACAGCAGAGGGUGCUGCCGGCGAUGUUGGUGAGAAAGCAGAAGGUGCCGCCGACACAGCGGAGGGUGCUGCUGGCGAUGCUGGCGAGAAAGCCGAGGGUGCCGCUGACGUACCUGAUGAUGAGCAGGCCGCCAAAGAGAUUCAAGAAAAGGCCAAGGAGGCACCACCCAUCGACACUAAGGAUAUGGCCGACCAGGAUCAAGACCUUGGCUCCAAGGCUGGGUCCAAAGCAGACCUCGGUUCCAAAGCUGACGGCCUACCUGAGCAAGAUCUUCCCAACAUCCCAGAAUUAUCACCCUCUGUUGCCAACAAGAUCGUUGCCAUGUUCGAUGGACCUUUUACUGUCUCCGACGGUGGCAAGGUCACCGACCAAAGCGGCAAGGUCCUCGGCAAGCUGGCCGAAGGCCAAGACAUCCAGGACCUCGUGGGCAAGGAGGUCAGAGGCAUCGACGGCGAGGGCAACCUGCUCGGUGAGAACGACACUGUGAUCGGCAAGGUCGAUAUCGCGCCGGAGGGCUCUAUCGCGCAGCGUAUCAAGGAGGAGGUUCCCGAAGCCGCGGACCGCCUGAAUGCGCUGGACGACGCCAAGCAAGCUGCGCCCGUUCAGAUUCCAUCAUUUUCCCCGACUGUGGCUGACAAGGUUAUUGGCAUGUUCGAGAGCCCAUUCAACAUCGGUGAAGAUGGGCAGGUCACAGACAAGAACGGCAAGAUUCUCGGCAAGCUGGCUGAAGGUCAAGACUUCGAACAUCUGCUCAACAAGGACAUCAAGGGAAUCGAUGGCCGUGGCAACCUCCUUGGCGACAACGAGACUGUUCUCGGCAAAGUCGACUUGGUGCCUGAGGGUACUGUAGUUGGACGCAUCAAGGACGAGGUGCCAGAAGCUGCUGAGCGUCUCGAUGCGAUCGACGCUGCCAAGGAGCAAGCCGCUGGAGCCGAAGAGCAAGCCGGGGAGCAGGUCGAGGGAGCCGAGGAGGGUGCCAACCUCCCUGACAUCUCCAUCCUUAACGGGCUGAAGAUCAACAAGGCCGGCAAUGUCGUCGAUGACAACGGCAACCCGCUCGGCAAAAUCAAGAGCGGCGAGCUCAAGAAGCUCAUUGGCAAGUCACCAGACAAGAAUGGCAAAGUUUGGGAUGGACAAGGCAACGUCAUUGGCGAGGUCGAAGUCCUUCCCGAGGCUCUUCAGAAUGAGUCGUCCCCCUUCGAGGACUUCCCCGAUGCGACAGUUGACAAGUUCGGCAAGGUCAUCUUCGAAGGCCGCCAGGUCGGUGUCGUUGUUGGCGAUGACUUCCAGAAUUUGAUCGGUAAGAAGGUUGAUGCCGAUGGUGACAUCCUUGAUAAGAACGGUAACACUAUUGGACGUGCCGAGCGCGCCGAGGCUGAAGAGGAAGAAGAGCCCGAGGAGGAGGCAAUUGACUACUCCAUGCUCGUCGGCAAGAAGGUCAACAAGGCCGGCAAUGUCGUCGAUGAGAAGGGUCAAGUCUUCGGCCACGUCGUCCAGGGCGUUCUCAAGAACCUUCUCGGUAAGAAGGUGGGCGACAACGGAGAGAUCUUUAGCGACGCUGGCAAGGUCAUUGGCAAGGCCGAGCCCAUCCCCGAGGGCGAGCGCGAGGAGGUCAGUGAGCCUUCGCCAUUCGAGGACUUCCCUGGCGCCCUCGUCGGCGAGAACGGCGCUGUCAUGUACAACGACGAACAAGUCGGCAUUGUCGUUGAGGGUGAUGCCAAGAAGUUGAAGGGCAAGGCUGUUGACGCCGAUGGCGACAUCUUGGACAAGGCCGGCAACCAACUUGGUCGUGCCCAGCGUUGGGAAGCACCUGAAGAGGAGCCUGAACCCGAGAUCGACAUGUCGGCCCUGGCUGGCAAGCGCAUCAACAAGGCCGGGAACGCUGUCGACAAGCACGGCGACAUCUACGGUCGGGUCAUUGAGGGCCCGUUGCCCCGUCUCAUCGGCAAGAUGUGUGACAAGCAGGGCUUCAUCCGCAACGAAGGCGGUGAUGUCAUCGGCAAGUGUGAGCUCGUACCCGAAGCCGAGCGCGAGGGCAUGAAGGAGGGUCCUUUCAGCGAGCUCCAAGGAUGCACUGUCACCAAGGAGGGCAAGGUUGUCACUCCCGGUGGUGAUGUCGUCGGCCGCCUCGUCUCUGGUGACCCCAAGGCCCUCGCUGGCCGCCCCGUUGAUGAUGACGGUGAUAUCCUCGACAAGAACGGUAACCAGCUCGGUCAAGCCGAACGCUGGGAAGAACCUGAAGUUGAGAAGGAGAUCAACCCCAUGUCUGGCAAGAAGGUCAACCGCGAGGGCAACGUUAUUGAUCAGGAUGGUGAAAUCAUGGGCAAGCUCACGGAUGGUGACCUGAAGAAUUGCGCUGGCCAGUCCAUUGACGAUGGAGGCGAUGUCAUUGACUCCAAAGGUAACAGGCUGGGUCACUGCUCCCUGUUGGCAGAAAUCCCCGAGGAGGAGGAUGUCAGCCCCAUGGCUGGCCUACGCUGCAACCGCGAAGGCAACGUCGUCGAUAGCGCUGGAGAUGUCAUCGGCAAGCUCACUUCUGGCGAGCUUAGCGAGUGCGCUGGCAAGCCUAUCAACAAUGAUGCCGAUGUUGUCGACAAGAAGGGCAAUAAGUUGGGUCACUGCUCAUUGCUGUCGGAGAUUCCUGAAGAGGAAGAUAUCAGCCCCAUGGCUGGCCUACGUGUCAACCGUGAAGGCAAUGUCGUGGACAACGCCGGCGACGUCAUCGGCAAGCUCACCUCGGGCGAACUCAGCGAGUGUGCCGGCUUGCUUGUUGACAACGAUGCCAACGUCGUUGACAAGAAGGGGAACAAGAUGGGUCAUUGCUCUCUGCUCUCCCAGAUUCCUGAGAAGAAGGACGUCAGCCCCAUGUCUGGCAGACGUGUCAACAAUGAAGGCAACGUCGUGGACGACAAUGGAAACCUCAUUGGAAAGGUAACUUCAGGUGAAGUGAGCCAGUGUAUCGGUAAGGUAAUCGACGACGACGGCGACGUUGUUGACUCCAAGGGCAACCGCCUGGGUCACUGCUCAUUGCUCGCCGAGAUCUCCGAGGAGGAACCUGAGCCCGAACCUGAAGAGACCGAGGAGGAGAGAGAGGCUCGUCUGCAGCUCGAGCAGGAUAAGCAGAUCGCCAACCGCAUCUCGUACUGCAUCGAGCAGUCGCUUGAGAAGAUCAAGCCCAUCCUCCGGCACAUUGAGGGUAGCAUCGAUGCCGAGGAGGCCAAGUCGGAGGAAGACCGCGACGAGGAAAAGCUCGUCGACACGGUCCGACCACUCAUCGAGGAAGGUAGCAAGAUCCUCACGGAAGCCAACGGUGUUAUCCGUGGUCUUGACCCCGACGGCCGCAUCCAGAACCAGGCCCAGGGCAAGUCUGCGACGCGCGCAGCCACGCCUGAGGAGGCCCGGCUGGCCGAGCUCCUCAAGGAGCUUACGGGCAAUGUCACCGAGAUGAUCGAGCGUGCCAAGCGCAAGCUCGAGAACCUGCCCAAGGCCAAGAAGGGCAUCAACCCUCUAUGGGGUCUCCUGUCCGAGCCUCUGUUCCAGAUCAUCGCUGCUGUCGGCCUGCUGCUCAGCGGUGUCCUGGGUCUCGUGGGCAAGUUGCUCAACGGCCUCGGCCUUGGCGGUUUGGUCAACAACCUGCUAGGCGGCCUCGGACUGAACAAGGUCCUCGGCGGUCUGGGUCUCGGCGGUGUCGUCGGUUCGUUGACGGGCAAGAAGUAG